AUGGCAACGCAGACAACUACUAUCCAAGAAAGCAAAGGCAAUGGAAUAUGUCAUAGAACAAUGAACUCGGAGUCAAAGUCUGUUUGGAUCCCUGGACCCGUGAUCAUUGGUGCUGGACCCUCAGGGCUAGCUGUGGCUGCAUGCCUUAAAGAAAGAGGUGUCCCCUUUUUGAUACUAGAGAAAGAGAGCUGUAUUGGGUCUCUGUGGACACUGAAGACAUACAAUCGUCUGCAGCUUCACCUCCCAAAGGAAAUCUGCAAGCUUCCUUACAUGCCAUUCCCUCCUGAAGUCCCAGCAUACCCCACUAAACAACAGUUCAUAAGUUACCUGGAGGCUUAUGCUAAACAUUUCUCAAUUGAACCCAUGUUUAGACAGGAGGUUCGAUCAGCUACAUAUGAUACAAGAAUGGGGUUCUGGCGGGUUCAAGCCAAUGAGUCUGAGUUUCUAUGCCAGCGGCUUAUUGUAGCAACUGGAGAGAACGCAGAACCAUUGCUGCCUGAUAUUGAAGGAAUCUCAGAUUUUAAAGGAAGGUUAUUCCAUACCAGCAGAUACAAGGACGGAGCUGAUUUUAAAGGACACAAGGUUUUAGUUGUAGGCUGUGGAAACUCAGGCAUGGAGAUUAGCUUAGAUCUAUGCGAUAAUGGUGCUCAAGUUUCUCUGGCAGUAAGAGAUAAGUUACACAUCUUGCCUAGAGAAGUCCUUGGUAGAUCAACCUUUUCUCUUUCAAUGUGGCUGUUGAAAUGGUUCCCGGUAAAAUUAGUUGACUGGUUCCUCCUUCUCUGCUCACAAUUAAUCCUAGGAGACACACAUAAAAUGGGCAUACAAAGACCCAAAAUUGGACCACUUGAACAGAAAGAAUCUACUGGGAAAACCCCUGUGCUGGAUGUUGGAGCUUUCUCUAAAAUUAAAUCAGGCAAAAUCAAGGUGGUUUGCGGUGUUCAAAGAUUUACAGCCGAAGGUGCAGCUUUUGUGGAUGGACAUGUAGAGAAUUUUGAUUCAGUAAUUCUAGCAACAGGUUAUAGAAGCAAUGUAAAAUCAUGGCUCAAGGACAACUUCUUCAACGAGAGGGAUGGCUAUCCAAGAAAUCCUUUUCCCAACAACUGGAAAGGCGAGAAUGGACUAUACAGCGUUGGUUUUACCAGGAGAGGAUUGUUGGGUUCAUCCAUUGAUGCACACAGGGUAGCAGAAGAUAUCGCAAGACAAUGGAACACUGAGACUAAAGCAUUUUUUUCUUUUAACUCACACAUCCAACACUCCUAUUAG